AUGUCUGAUACCAUCAGAGAGAAGUCUAAUAUAAUGGAUCAGGAGUCAUGGGAGGCUGGUUUUCACCAACAUCUGGAUAUGGGUGGUGUUCAAGAUUUCCACGACCAAGAUUAUUGUCACACGAUGAUGAAUUUUGACGAGGAAGAUAAAGAGCUCCUCAGGAACUUUACGCAUCAAACAGGUCUACAUUCGUCAGAUUUAGAUCCUCUGUGGUCGGAAACUGUAUUAUCUGCUCAAAGAGAAACAGAAACUAACGGCAUCACUUCCGGCGACCAAGUGAUGAUGCCUCCUAGGGCAUGCGUCCUGUCAUUUGAUAACUACAACGUGAUACCAAUAAUCUCAAAACAAGAAGACUCCAAUAAGAAACGUUUUUCGUCAAAAAGAAUCAGCAGAGCGAGCCAUAAGGCCGAACCAAGUGCUAAGAAGAAAAGAAGGUCUUCGGAGACCGUAAUGGAUCAUGUAACUGCAGAGCGGAUAAGAAGACGCCAAAUUACAGAGGGCUUCGCAGCACUGUCUGCAACUAUUCCGGGCUUGAAGAAGUUAGACAAAAUGACUAUACUUGAGGAAGCUAUCAAAUACGUGAAACAACUUCAAGAACGUGUGACAAAACUAGAAAAAGUGACUCCAGUAAUAUCCAUAAAGAAAAUUGAGGUUGGCGAAAAUGACGAUUUCCGUGAGGCCGAUGAAGUGCUUCCAAAGAUUGAAGUAAGAGUUACGGAUAAUCAAGUGCUUCUUGGAAUCCAUUGUGUGAAACAAAAGGGCAUUCAGUUCAAAAUAUUGAGCCUGCUUCAGAAUUUCAAUCUCUGUGUCACAAGUAGUAGCGUUUUACCAUUUGGAAAUUCCAUUCUAGGCAUUACCAUUAUUGCUCAGAUGGGUGAUGCACACAGGAUACCAGUGAAUGAUGUGGUGAAAAACCUGCGACAAAUUCUAUUAAAGUCGCAUGAGGUUGAUCCGUAG